AUGUCGUCCAUCUCCAUCAUGUUUGUGCCUGUGCAGUUUGUCGAGGAUGCGGAGAAGCAGAGUGAAGCGGAGAGCACGGCAGCACAUGACAGCGACGUCGACACCGUCGAGGACUCCAGCUCCUCGCAGGUCCCUUCACCUCGAUCAGAGACUUGCGAGGAAGACGAAUGCAGCGUGGUCGUGAGGGGCACGUUUAUCGAGUUGAGUGAUGGCAGCCUCAUGCAGCAUUACCGGCGCCUGCGUCGAUUCCAGACCGACUCUGUCUUGGUAGAGGUCUCUCCAGAAGAGGCGUACGAGCCUGGAAGGUUGAGCAAUUCCAAGCUGCAGAGCGCUGGCGCUCCCGAAACUGCAGGGCACACUGUAGCAGACACCGGCCUGCGCCCGGAGGCACCCUCCGCACAGCACGUAUCACAGGUCCCAACACGAACCACGGUCAUGUUGCGGAACAUUCCGAACAACUACACCCGGGAAAUGUUCCUGGAGUUGUUGGACCACCACGGCUUCGCCGGGCGCUACGACUUCGCCUACCUGCCUUGCGACUUCUACAGGGACGCCAAUCUUGGCUAUGCUUUCGUGAACCUGGUGGACAACAGGGCUGUGGAGGAUCUGUGGGCAGCCUUCGAUGGCUUCGUGGGCUGGUCUUUGCCUUCGGCAAAGGUCUGCCAGGUUCGCUGGAGCGGCCCACAUCAGGGCCUUGAGGCGCACGUGGAGCGCUUCAGGAACAGCCCGGUCAUGCACCGAAGUGUGCCAGAGCAGUACAAGCCCGUCAUUUUCAAAAAUGGCGUGCGGAAGCCGUUCCCCCGGGCCACGAAGAAGGUCAAAGCACCAAAUGCAGGGGUCUUCUGA